UUUUUCAAUUUUGUAAUUUGCUGCUCAUAGCAAUAGUUUAUUCUGCAGCCGGCAAUUUUUUCGGCAUGAAAUAAAAUUACAAAAUGGUGCAACUAUUUAAGUGUUUAUUAAAAGCUGAAAAGAAGGUUGUACGCGCUCACCUACGUAACGCUUUCAUCGACAGUCUGCGUUUGACAGUACGUGGUGGACACGGAGGAAAUGGCGUACCAAAGUAUGGUGGCAUUGGGGGUCAGGGUGGGUGCGUAUAUUUUGUGGCUAAAGAUGGUGUCAGUCUGCGCAAUGUAGCACAGAAGUACAAAACAAAGCGUAUAGCGGCUUCUAGUGGUGAAGACAGCAGUAAAGUGCGUAUACUUGGACGUCGAGGUUUGGACGAACGUGUCGAAGUGCCAACGGGUAUACAAGUAUAUGACGAAAGUGGCCAGCUGUUGGGUGAUUUAAAUGAAGAUAGUGCAACAUGCAUAGCAGCAGGCGGUGGCACUGGCGGUUGUACGGGUAAUAAUUUUUUAGGUACACCUGGUGAUCAUCGCACGGUAAAAUUGGAUCUAAAAUUGAUUGCCGAUGUAGGCCUUGUUGGAUUUCCUAAUGCUGGUAAAAGUACACUGCUUAAAGCUAUUUCAAAUGCAAAUCCGAAAAUUGCCUCAUAUCCAUUCACAACUAUACGUCCUCAAAUCGGCACCAUAGAAUAUCCUGAUUUACGUCAAAUAACCCUUGCUGAUUUGCCUGGUCUCAUUGAGGGCGCACAUGCAAAUAUUGGCAUGGGUCAUAAAUUUCUGAAACACGUCGAACGUACUCGUCUACUGCUCAUUAUGGUGGACAUAUUUGGCUUCCGUUUAGGUGCACAACAUGCGAAACGAGAUUGUUUGGAAAAUAUUUAUGCGCUCAACAAAGAAUUAGAACUAUAUGACGAGACGUUGUUGGAUAAACCAUGCGUGUUACUGGUAAAUAAAAUGGAUUUAAAAGGUGCUUCCGAUGUUUACAAAGCUAUAAAACCAAUUAUCAAUAAUUUGGAGCAUGGUUUAGAGAAAUGUCCGGAAGAAAUAAGACCAUCAAAACUUAUUAAUAUUGAACGUAUUAUACCUAUAUCUGCGAAAAACGAAAAACGCAUCGAUGUUGUUAAAGAGGGACUGCGAGACGUCCUUGAUAACGUAGCGGAGCGAAAAUAUGUGCCUGAUGCGUUGGAACUACGCGAACAAUUAAAAAGGAAAGUUGGUGAACGAGGACCAAAAAUAACUUAAAUUUAUAGCAUGUAGUUAUAUACGAAACUGUUAUAUUAAUUUAAAAAGUGUAAUAAAUAAGGAUAAUUGUUUAUUAAAAAACAA